AUGUCCUGGUGGAACGAUCGUCCUGAAGCACCACCUCCACCACCUCCACCUCCACCUAGCCCGGCUAAUUGCGAGAAACGAGCUUGCUACUAUUCGAUCACUCCUCCUGGCAAGUGCAAAUGGCACCUCUGCGCGGAUCACGUGGCCGACACACCGAGCCAGUGA